AUGUAAGAAUAGCAUUUUAAGAAAAUAAAUCAAUAUUACUUUUAAAAAGUAAUAGGGAGUGGAGCAUUCGGAAUUGUAUAUUUAGGGUGGGACGAUAAUUUUAAAAGAUAAGUAGCAAUAAAAGAAAUCUGCAUUUCUAAAUUUGACCUCAAUUAAGUGCAGGAUAAGAGACAAUAUUAAAUGAUUGAAAAAGAAAUUGAAAUAUGCAAGAAAUUAAAAAACAAAAACAUUGUGGAGUUGUAUGAUAGUUUCAAGACGGAUAAAUACAUUUAUAUUAUUUUUGAGUAUUGCAGCAAUGGUGAUUUAGAGAUAUUAUUUAAAAAAAAUAGAUUCCAAGAGGCUGAAGUAAAAGCUAUAUUUUAAUAAAUCAUCGGAGGAAUUAAAUAUUUGUAUCAACAGAAGGUUGUUCAUCGAGAUAUCAAACUAGCAAAUAUAUAUAUAAAUUAGGAAUGGAUUAUAAAGUUAGGGGAUUUUGGAUUUGCAAGGAACUUCGAUAAUUAUAUGUAAUCAUAUUGUGGAACUCCAAUUACAAUGGCUCCAGAGAUAAUUUGUGGAAAGGGGGAGUACGAUGAAAAAUGUGAUAUUUGGUCUUUGGGCAUGAUCUUAUACAUGAUGAUCUUUGGGAACAGUUAUUUGCAGUAAUUCAUUACUCCUAAGACAUCUCUAAAGGAAUUUUCAGAAAUAGUGUAAAAGUCAUAAGUUGCAUUUCCAGCCAAAACAGUUAUUUCAUAAGGGUUAAGAGAUUUAUUUUAGAAGAUGCUUUUAGUGGAUGCAAAAAAGAGAAUAGGAUAUUAAGAGUUAUUUGAACAUUAUUGGAUUACAGAAGGGGAGAAUGAAAGUUUCAAGAAGAGUGUUCGUUUCAUAUCUAAAAGGAUGAAUUCUGGAGAAGCGAGCGAUAUAAAGGUUCCCCUACAAUAAACAAUAAAUGAAUAACUGGGUUAUCAAUUUGGUCAGUAUGGAAUUGUAAGAAAUGAAAUUAUUGAAAAUAUUCGAGAUAUGUUGAACUUAUGUCAAAAUAUUGAUAAUGUGAAAAGGCUUUGUGAGAAUUUCUUGAAGAAAUUGAGAUCCUCAUAAAAUAAUUACUAGAUUACAUUAAUUAUGAAAAAUUAGAAUAGAGUAUUCAAGGAAGGGAGUGUUAAGCUUUUUGACAUCAAGUAUAAAUUAACUUAUUUGCUAUUGCAUAUUUUACAUGAAUUAAUUAAUACAGACAAUGCUACAAUUGAUAGAUUAGAAAAAGCAUAAAAAUUAUUUGAUUUAGCAUAGAAAACUAAUAUCAGCAAUGUCAUAAGUGUCAAAAUCACAAAAGAAGAGAUAGAAAAGAUGGAUGAUUCAGAAUUAAAUUAGCAAUUUGAACAAUUAGGUGAUGAGUUAAGGGAAAUAAUGAUAUAAUAAUAGGCAAGACAAUAAUAACGACCACAUAAGAAAGAUUACGAAAUAACAUUUGAAAAUAAGUAAUUAGAAGAAAGAACUCUGCUAACAUUGGGAAAUGGAAUUGAUAAUUUUCGUCUCCUUAGAAAUGAAAUUAUAUGA